CACAACGCAACACAACCACUGACAACCACGAGCUCUCCUCUUCCCAUCUACGUCAACACAGAUCAGGUGCAAUGAUGCGUGGUGCUGGCGGAGCGCUGGCCGUGGCCGUCGCCGCGUUGCUAGUCUGCUGCAGUGCAGAUCCUCAUCAGGAGCAGGAUGUAAGUGGUAACGACCACUCCGCUGAGCGCUACGAUGGCGCCGAUUACAAACAAAAGGAACUCGAAGAUUUUCUCCGAUUCCUGGUUCACUACGAAAAUAAAUACGAAGACCGCAACUUGAAUGGCCUCGGUGGAAACUCUCUGCUCGGAAGGAACACUAACGGUCUCGGUGGAAGCUCCCUAUUGGGCAGGAACCUUGGGAACCUCGGGGGUAGUUCUCUGGUGGGCCGAGAGUUACACUACGGCGGAGCAGGCAGGAACACUCAUGGCAUCGGUGGCUCGACCCUUGCUGGUAGGGAAGUUGAGGGAGAAAAAAGGAUGUACGCCAGAUUCGUCGACUCUCUUGGAGGUGGUAACUUUGUUCGUAACCUGGACUCUAUUGGAGGAGGGAAUUUUGUGAGGAACCUCGACUCCAUCGGAGGCAGCAACUUCGUGAAGAAAAACCUUGACCAGCUCGGCGGGCCGAACCUUGUCAAGAAGAACCUGGACUCCUUGGGCGGAGGCAACUUCGUCCGAAACCUCGACUCCAUCGGCGGCGGCAACUUCGUGCUCCGAGAGAUCCGCCACUCUGGAUAUGUGCCAUACCUCCUCUCUAGACGAUUUGACUUCGCCAGUCCAUAUGGAAGCAAACGCGAGCCUUGGGCGCUUGCACCGAUCGAGUUCAGGGGGUACUACGGAGAUGGCCUUCCUAAGCGUAAUUUCGACGAGAUCGACCGAUCCGGCCUGGACACGUUCGUGAAGAAGCGCAACUUCGACGAGAUCGACCGUUCAUCAAUGCCGUUCCCCUACGCGACCAAACGCUUCUACCAUCUGUACGGAACCAAUGACAUUGAUACCCCCGUUUCAAGCUUCGACAAGAAGAGGUACAGACCUGACUACCCCAUGGACGAGAUUGACCUGUCACACUUCCCCAUCGGUUCCAAGAGGUCUCAAGACGACUACCCCCUCGUUCCCCGCAAUUUACUGUAAACAAAAGAAUCCAGCUACCGUCCUAUUUACAAACCAUUAGUCCACAAUUCCAUAUAACUGUCUUCGCUCAGAACUCUGUGAUUGCCUAAUAAAACAUUUCGUUUGUUACAGUAAUGGUUUUUUCUUUAUCUUUCUACGAUACUAAAGUUCUUACUUUUUCUAAAAAAGUUUUAAUGAUGUAACAAAAAGUUUUUGUGUAAAGUUGAUUCUUUGACUUCGUCCGAUCCUCUACACCCCGCUUGUAU